AUCUCGACGACCUUUUGCACUUUCCUCUUAACUAUCCUCUCUUCUCUUCAUCCUCGCCCAUUCUCUUCCAACACCUGCUCAGAGUGCUGGAGAAAAAGUAAAAGUGACAGACUCGGAAGCCCAAGGGUUAUUUUCAGCGGCCCAUCAUGGCUACCCAAUCGGUGGCGAACUCACUUCCUGUGAGAACUGCCAAGCAGAACAACCUUCAUCCAUUGGCCCCUCUCGAUCGCAACGAGAUCAACAACGCUGUAUCGCUCGUACGAGCACAAUGGCCAGAAGGAACAGACCUCCACUUCAAGACUAUCAUGCUACAAGAACCGGCCAAGGCAGAGAUGGUGCCAUACUUCGAAGCUGAAUCCCAGGGAUCUCACCUACCGACUAUCGAUCGAAGGGCGUUCGUCACCUACUAUUUACGCAUGACGAACAAGUUCCACGAGGCUGUGGCAAAUCUUAGCACACAGACCAUCGAGUUCAACGCCCGUCUUGGACCUAACAUGCAUGCCCCCGGCGAUGGUGAAGAAAUUCUCGCCCUUGAACGAAUUGCUCUUGAGGAUGAGGGCGUUCAAGCUGAGCUGGCUAAACUCCAAUUACCAGAAGGCGCGAAAAUUGUGGUCGACCCCUGGAUCUACGGCUCAGAUGGUGUCGACGAUGACGAGAGAAUGUGGCAAUGCUGGCUCUACAUGCGUGACCCCAACAACUCCGAUGAGGCCGAUUCCUGCCACUACGCCUUCCCUCUUACACCGGCUCCUGUCAUUUCCACAGUCACCAUGAAGGUCAUUCGGAUCGAUAUAAUGCCAACUGGCAAGGACGCUACUCCGACCGGACCGAAGCCUUACAAGCCCGUGCCACCGAAUGAGUAUCUUCCAGAAUACCAGAAGCUGAGGACAGACCUCAAGCCUCUCCAGGUCGUCCAGCCUGAAGGUGCUAGCUUUUCAGUCGAGGAGCAUGGCACGAGCAGCAUCGUCCGGUGGCAGAAAUGGGAGAUGCGGGUCGGUUUCAAUCAGCGUGAAGGCAUGGUGGUGCACAACGUUCAGUACGAAGGCCGCCAGCUAUUUUAUCGCCUUGCACUUUCGGAUAUGAACAUCCCUUACGCGGAUCCUCGAGCGCCGUUCCACCGAAAGUCGGCAUUUGAUCUUGGAGACGCAGGAGCUGGUAUCAUGGCCAACGAUCUUAAGCUUGGCUGCGACUGUCUUGGAAGCAUCCACUACCUGUCAGCAGUACUCGCGGACGACAAGGGCAACCCACUCGAUAUGCCAAACGUGGUCUGCAUCCAUGAGCAAGAUGGUGGAAUUGGCUGGAAGCACACCAACUACCGAACUGGCCGUGCUGCCAUCGUGCGUAACAGAGAGCUUGUCCUGCAAUCGAUCAUCACAGUCGCCAACUAUGAAUACAUCAUGGCAUUCAUGUUCAACCAAGCUGGCGAAAUGAGCUACGAAGUCCGUGCAACCGGCAUUCUGUCAACGCAGCCGAUCGACGAAGGCAUCGAAGUGCCAUGGGGAACAGUCGUUCACCCGGGCGUACUUGCAGCUCACCACCAACACAUCUUCUCCCUCCGCGUAGACCCCAUGAUCGACGGCCACCGCAACCGCCUCGUCUACGACGAAGCCCACCCCCUCCCCCGCAGCGACCUCAACCCACACGGAACAGGCUACAUCUCCACCGAAACCAUCGUCGAAGCCAGCGGAGGCUACGACGUAGACUACACCUCCAACCGAAUCUUCAAAAUCCAAAACGCCAACAAACGUAACCCCAUCAAUGGUAAACCCUUGGCCUACAAAAUCCACGCCCCACCAUUCCAGAAGAUCCUGGCCGAUACCGAGUCUUUCAAUUACAAGCGUGCAGAGUUCUCCGAUCAUGAUAUCUAUGCUACCAAGUACCGUGACGAUGAACUCUAUGCGGGCGGAAAGUAUACGAAUCAAAGUCGCGGCGGCACCGGUGUGAGAUCUUGGGCUAAUCGAAAGGAUAAUAUUGUGGAUGAGGAUCUUGUGGUUUUUGUGCAGUUUGGUAUUAACCAUAUACCUCGCAUUGAAGACUUCCCUGUCAUGCCUUGCGAAGUCAUUAAAGUGGCGUUCAAGCCUGUGAACUUCUUCGAUAAGAACCCGGCUUUGGACGUGCCUCCCAGCACGCAGGACACUAACAAGAGUGUCCUGUUGAGUGGGAAUGCAAGCAAGACCGAGGCGCAAUCGAAUGCUUGCUGCGCCGUUGACGGGAAGAGUAGUAGCAAGUUGUAACGCACAUGAUAUGCAUAUGUAUGACCAAAGUAUGAGAAAGCCACAGAUUUCAGAAUGCGUGCCUUUCUCCGGAGUGAUGGA